UUGACAAUUUGCAAGAUUUUCCCCUACUUUAAUGUAAUACAGUGUUUGUCAAUUAAUUUCAUCAAUGAAAAUACUUGGACUGUUUUGCUUGAAUUGAAACGAUGGUCCCAGCAACUUAAAGUAGAAUACACAACUGUGUGGUUGCUUGAAUAUCACAUGGGAAUACUUGUGUAAGGUUGGUUUCUUGUUUUGUCAGCUUGCCUUAUCAAAAGUGUUUUUUCCUGUUGACAUAUGAUCAACACCAAGUUUAGUAGGAUCCACAAGUCUAUGUUAGGCUGUUGAAUGUGGACAUAUGGUCAUGAGCUAUUGAGUAUUGAGCUGAUUUGUUAGCAUCUUUUUUCAAUUUCCACUUAUUGUUAUCUCCACUUGCAAUUGGAAUAUGCAUUUAUAAAGUUACUUAUGCUAUACUCCCUCCGUUCUUUAAUAUUAGUUCUCUUAGGCUUUGGCACGGGUUUUAAGAAGAAAGUAGUAGGGGUAGUGUAAAAGGUGUAAUGAGUAGUGGAUAAAUAAAAAAGUAGGAAAGAGAAAGGGGUAAUGGUAAUAAAAGUUGGGGUAUAAAGGUAUAUUUUGAGUAAAAACUUUCCUUAAAUGGAAAGGAGGACAGAUAAAAAAAACAUCCCAAAAAGGAAAGAAGGACUAAUAAAAAAGAACGGAGGUAGUAUUUCAUCUCUACGUUUAGUGGUUUUGUGAUUUUUUCUAUGAGCAUAGGCCUCCCGGAUAACUAAAAUGCAUAAUUGAGAAAUCACUGGCUUGACUACUUUUUAGAACUGCUAGAAUCUUACAUUUUAGCACAUGUUAUGAAAUGCUAGGGAUUUUUUUUUGGAUUUGGUUGAAACGGAGAUAUCUAUUGUCAAUUAUAGCAUUUCUUAAUCUGCAACAAAGUUACCUCAUCUAUUUUAUUAUACAUGGUAUAAGUAUCAUGACUUUUUUGGUAUAAAGCUCACCUACUUUUGUUCCCCACAAAAAAGGAGUAGUUGUAUAAUGCCUUGUGAGGACUGAGGCAUGGCUUCUGAGGUCACAUUGGGUGUGUGUCAAAACCACAAUGGUUGUUAUAGAACGAUGGUUGUGGACCCACGUGAAAUUCAUGCUGGUCCAUGCAAUAAACCAAUGUGAGUUUGACACUGUGGCAUUGGCAUGUGCUAAAAUAUCGCAGUAUAUGAUCUCUUCAAGUUUAAAUAUCAGUAACUUCUAAUCCCCUACCUGUAGUUGGUCAAUUUGGUAAAAUUAACUUUGGUCCAUUUGGCAUAAUCCCAAAACAGUUUCUAAAGGGUCUUAAACAAUUGGAUCCUCUUUUCCUGGAUGGCAUCAAUUCUACUUCUCUAUAUGUAGCAGAUGGUCUGCUCUUUCUUUUUUGCAAUGUCUUAACCCACAUAGAAUUAUAGCCUUACCAACAAAUUUGCACGAUAUAUUGUAUUUCCUAAUUCUUGAUUUUGUUACUAAUUCCAUAGAAACAAGUGAUGGGAGAAGAAGCGUCAACAGAUGAUAAUAGCAGAAGCAGUUUCAGUUUCGCCCUCCAUUUCUUCAGGGGGAGAUGGUUCUCACUCUUUGCCUCAUUCCUGAUUAUGGCCGGGGCGGGAGCUACAUAUUUAUUUGGUGUGUAUUCUCAGGAGAUAAAGGCCUCUUUGGGGUAUGACCAAACCACCCUCAACCUCCUAGGCUUUUUCAAGGACGUUGGGGCCAACGUUGGAGUGCUCUCCGGCCUUCUUGCCGAGGUUUCCCCGACAUGGUUUGUUUUAUUAGUCGGUUCCGCCAUGAACUUCGCCGGCUACUUUGUUAUAUGGUUGGCAGUAACAGGGAAGAUUCCAAAGCCGACUGUCUGGCAGAUGUGUUUGUACAUUUGCAUAGGAGCUAAUUCUCAGAACUUCGCCAACACUGGGGCUCUGGUGACUUCUGUAAGGAACUUUCCUGAGUCUCGUGGGGCUAUGAUAGGUCUCCUGAAAGGUUUCACCGGGCUAAGUGGGGCCAUCAUGACUCAGCUCUACCUUGCUGUUUACGGGAGUGACUCCAAGUCUCUCAUCCUACUUAUUGCCUGGCUUCCGGCUGCAUUGUCAGUGGUGUUCGUGUACACGAUUCGGGAGAUUAAGGUUGUUAGGGACAAGAGAGAGCUCAGUAUGUUCUACCUAUGCCUACUUUCAUCCAUUGUCUUAGCGUUGUUUAUAAUGGUGAUGACAAUCCUCCAAAAGGUGGUUUUGUUUUCAGGGGCAGCUUAUGAUGUCAGCGCCGCUGUUUCUUGCAUUUUGCUAUUUUCUCUGAUGGAAAAACUAAUCAUCAUAUAUAACCAAGAUCAAAUAACAUCACACAAAUAAUCAUAAUUGUAAAUUUAUGGAGACUUACUUGGAGAGUAUCCAAUGUUCAUUUGAGAGACUUUGGAAGAAGAAGAUGCCAUUACUUUAAGGAAAUGGAUGUGUAAUCCCUUUUAGGACAAAUAAUAGAUGGAGUAUUUUAGAGAGUUGUGAUAUUCCCUCCUCUUGAUGGUGUUGGUACGUGUGUUUCAUGAGGGAAGGGGAGGAGUAGUUAUAUAUUGAAAAUAAUCAAUAGUCACAACCUUUCAUUUAUUGUCCUAAAGGGUGUUACCACAAUGGUACCCCUUAAGUAUUAUUUCCAUCAAAUAAUACACACACAUAUAUAAUACAUAAUUAUAUAUAUAAUACAUAAAUAUAGAACACAUAUUAAUAUUGGUCCUUAGGCCAUAUUAAUUGGAAAUAAUCCAACAUUCUCCCACUUGGCCUAGUGACCAAUAAUUGCUAAUUAGUUGGCCAAGCAUGUGUUCUAAAUACCCAAUAUCUAUACUAUAAUAGAGAAGUACAGCCACUCACAUCUAUUUAGAUACGGGACCCCCACUAAUCAUACUAUAGCACAUGUAUUAGGACAUUAAGGUCAUUAAACAUAAAUGAUCAAAUGUAAUGUGGUAAUCAAUAUUAAUUUGUCCAUGAUACCAAAGUUAGUGCGCACGGUAUACAUAUAAUAGACAAUUAAGAAUUCAAGUAUUUAUUUAUAUACAUGAAUUGUUCAUAAGAGCACUAUGCCAAUUAAGUGAGGUCUCGACUAAAACCCAUUUUCAUCACAUGUUCUUGAAAAAUCUUGGGUGGUAGACCUUU